AUGCGGUACGUUGCGGCAUUGGCCACGACAGAUGGAACGGUGGAGCACAACGCGCACAAACGAUGGAGUCCAAAGGUAGCUUUGACGAAGGAAAACGAGAGGGGAAACAUGCCGAUGAAAAGGGCUACAACGAUUGGGACGACGGUGGGAAAGAGAUUGACAGCGACGACGAGGUGGAGGCGGAAUACCAAGCGGCACUAA